CGUGGGAUCGUUAUCUCCUCAUGUGGUUCUACUGGGAGAGUUGCUAAGAGUGUUUCCCGUUUGAAACGUUUGGUUGAAAUGAAUAUCUUCGAUUUUGUCUUCUCCUUUGCCGGCGUAUCCACUGUGGAUGCACUUGUCGUCCCAGCACUAAGUCGCUUCGUCGAAAAUGUGUUCGUUUAUAACAUGGGCAUAUGGGCGGCGCUAGAACGAUCGUUCGGUGAAGACAGGCAUGCCUUGAACAGUUCCCCCGUCAUGUUAUCAUUUGCAGAAUUCCAGCCGUUCAAGAACGAUACCAGAAAACGUGUCGUCGAUACUCGCGUAUUGGCGUACUCUAACUUCAAGGACGCUAGGCCAUGGGGCCUUGACAUCUAUCGAUGUUCCAACAAACGUUGUGGUGCACAUGCUCACGACAUGAUUUUUCACGCCGAUGGAAAGCAGUUCUAUGGGAAGAAGUGGCUGAAGACACAGAUGAAGACGACAUGUAUGAAGUGCGGAGUGGUGAACAAGAAACUCGACACUCCCUCGUGGGUGUACUUGUGUGAUGCCGAAAACCUAGGGCGAGUAUGGUAUCGAUGGCCCCUUAACCUCACACAGCAGAUGGAUAUCGGGAUCACUCAUUGA